AUGUUUAAUUUUUUUUUCUUGGUAGAAAAAGCUGCAUGGAUAAGUGAUAUAAGUCAAUGUAUGGACAACAUACACUUUAAUAAUUUACUCGGUCAUUCAAUAAACGGCGGCUUGGGAUCUUUGUCUUCGUCCUCAUCAGAUACGAGUUCCGCAGUGAUAAUGCCGCAUUCAAUUAAGAAUGACCCAAAAUUGUUCAAUGACGACGUAGAUAUUAGAUUUAGCCAAACGUUGAAUUCAUGUAAACUUCCUCAAAUACGUUAUGCGACGCCCGAAAAACUAUUGCAACGACUGACUGAUUUAAGAUUUCUCAGUAUUGAUUUUUUAAAUACAUUUUUAUUAACAUAUCGUGUUUUUACUGACAGCGUUACUGUGUUGGAAGCACUAAAGAGAGUUUUUUAUAACUCCGAGCAUCCGCCGUAUUCUCUCAGCACCCCUGACCAAGUGUCUUCUUGUCAUUACUAUAAAAAAAUAGACGAAGAAACAGCUGAUAACAGUACUUCUGUUUCGCUUGACAAAAUAUCCUCCGUAAGUACCGAUAAAAAUCAAGUAGCUUCAGUUCACCAACCCGGCGGCUCAGUAACUGAAGAUCACAAACAAAGCAACAAUGCUCUGAGAAGAAUUAGCGGAGCUAGUUCUGUUUCCGGUUACGAGUCCUCUGAAGUGAGCGAUUCACGUGAUCAAGUGUUAGUACGCUGUAAUAAUUGUUCCUGUCGUCAUGAACCGACUUUAUUGCUUCCUAAGUCUGCGUCUACAUCAACAGCAACGUUGACAAUCAAUAAUAAAGUAUCAAGUACCAACGAUUGCUGUUGCGAGGGUAAUUUUCAUUGCAAGGAAGCUUCCAGUCAGAUAAACAACCAAACAGAUAAAAAUGAUGGUUCUUCGAUUAGAUUUAAAAGUACUGGCGGAAAUUCUGGACAAUCUUUAGAAGAUAAUCAACAGCAAUCAUCAACUGCCAAUAAUUUAAAUGUUAAGGUAGACAAUGAUAGUGAUCAUGUCUUGUCGACAAUAGACAGCGAAGAAACUAAUCAGAAUUCUUAUCCGAUGAGAGAACAAAAGGAAAGAGUUGAUACGGAGAAGAAAUUUUCUAGUAAUGACUCGCAUUCAAAUUCCCCAAAAACAAAUAACCAAAGAUCAAAAUUUGUCAGUACUGUUAAUACAGACGCGCUCCCGGGUCUUCAUAAAAAAUCCGACUCUGACAGAAAUGAAUCAUGGACUGUCAAUGCUACGUCAGAUGAUGACAGUUCAUUAUCAUCCCCAUUAAACCAGGCUCACAACCGACGUUACCUUGAGCAGCAACAGCAACAGCAACAUCGAGCAUCUGUUGUUUCAGCACCUCCGAUUGCUACCUAUGAUAGCAGACGUAGUUGUGGUUCUAUAUCAAAUAUUGUAGGGAACUAUUGGACCGGUAGAAGAUCAUUCCAAGAAGGUACUGGAAGUAAUCGGGACAAAAAUUCGCGACAAUCAUAUGCAUCAUAUCAAUCUUCUACGCAUUUUUAUCAUGAUAUACCUACUCAAGGGUCAAGAAAAGCUGGCGUUGUCAUCACUAGUUCUCGGCAGAGUCAUAGAAGACGCAAAGAGCCAAUAUCUACUGCAGCAACCAUGCGAGUUCUAAACGUAUUAAGACACUGGGUAUCUAAACACGCUCAGGACUUUGAGCUGAACGCUGAAUUGAAGCAUCUAACCAUCGAAUUCCUCGAAGACAUUGUCGAGAAUCCGAAUUUGUUGCCGGCGGAGCACAAAGCUGCUAAUCAAUUGAUGCGGCUGUUGAACAAAGGGGAACCUGAGGGUAGUAAAACUGAUUUGGUGCGUUUGCUAUCUCCGCCUUCCCCAUCACGCACCAUUCAAACUAAGGAAAAUAUUGAGACUUUGUCGGCUCUUGAAAUUGCUGAACAAAUGACUUAUUUGGAUCAUAAAAUCUUUAUUAAUAUUUUGAGCGAAGAAUUCCUUGGACAAGCGUGGAUGAAAGCAGAUAAAACUGUUCGCGCACCUCAUAUAAUAUUGAUGACCAAAAGAUUUAAUGAAGUAUCACAAUUAGUUGUGUCGGAAAUAAUUCGAAGAACUAAUUUGUCUGCUAGAGUCACGGCCAUUGAAAAAUGGGCUGCGGUUGCUGAUAUUUGCCGGGUUUUGCAUAAUUACAACGGUGUGUUACAAAUUUGCGCUGCUUUUACAAACAGCAGUGUUUAUAGAUUGAAGAAAACUUGGGAAAAAGUUUCUAAAACGACAAAGCAGACAAUUGAAAGAUUACAAAGUAUUGUUUCAUCUGAUGGGCGCUUCAGAAAUUUGAGAGAUACAUUACACCGUUGUGAUCCUCCGUGUAUUCCUUAUUUAGGAUUAUAUUUAACAGACUUGUCAUUUAUUGAGGAAGGCACUCCGAAUUUUACAGAUGAUGGGCUUCUUAAUUUUGCAAAAAUGAGGAUGGUAGUACAGUAG